CGACAGCUCCUCGUAUCAUCUCAUCUGUCCGGAGGGAUGGUGGAGACUUCAAUGCAGCCACUGUUGCGGUUGUUUCUGCAACAAUAAUCACUGCUUUCUCUUCACUCAACUCUCUACUCUCUUCGUCAUCAGAUCAGACUCCUCGCCCUUUCCCUUUCACUGUUCUUGCUUCGCAGAUCCUUCCUUCUUUCCUUCGCUCGCCUGCCCUCCCUUUCCCCCUGUCACAAUGAAUCCGACUUCUUUUUCUUUGACGGCCCCUUGUGGGUCAAGCCUAGCCCUGACUCACCUGUUAUUCCCUAAACUUGGUGGAUUCAGAUUGAUCGAGUCCAGAUUCUAUAAUAAGAACAAGAAACCUGGACGUUGUGUUCUUGCAAGGAGUCCGAAUUUUCGGAUUUACUGUGACUCCCAGACAAAAGAAGUGCAGAUCAGGAAGUGUUCUCCCAUUUUAGAAAAUGACUUGCUCUCUGGAGAUCAAAUUUUAUCAUCUAAUGAGUGGACAACAGUACCUGACAUAUGGAGGACCUCAGCUGAGAAAUUUGGAGAUCGCAUAGCACUAGUGGAUCCAUACCAUGAUCCUUCAACAAAUAUGACUUAUAAAGAGCUACAAGAAGAAAUUUUGAACUUCUGCGAAGGGUUAAGGGUCAUUGGACUGAAACCAGAGGAAAAAAUUGCUCUUUUUGCUGACAAUUCAUGUCGGUGGCUUGUUUCUGAUCAAGGUAUUAUGGCUACUGGAGCAAUCAAUGUUGUAAGGGGUACAAGGUCAUCUAAUGAAGAGCUUUUGCAGAUAUACAACCACUCAGAAAGUGUUGCGUUAGUGGUGGAUGACCCUGAGAUGUACAAUCGGAUUUCAGUACCCUUUCACUCUCGAGCUGCUGUAAGAUUUGUCAUAUUGCUCUGGGGAGAGAAACCUUACAUCUCAAAUGAAGCUGCAGAAGGAGUUCCUAUUUAUAGUUACCAGGAGAUAAUAGAUUUAGGCCGAACAAGUCGUGAAACUUUACAUCAUUCUGGUGAAUCUAGAAAGCAAUAUUCAUAUAAAACUAUAAGCACUGAUGAUGUUGCAACACUUGUGUAUACAAGUGGCACCACGGGCAAUCCUAAAGGUGUUAUGCUGACGCACAAGAAUUUGCUUCACCAGAUUAAAUAUUUAUGGGACAUUGUGCCAGCCAUUCCUGGGGAUAGAUUUCUGAGUAUGCUGCCACCCUGGCAUGCAUAUGAACGAGCUUGCGAGUAUUUCAUAUUUACUUGUGGAAUUGAGCAUGUAUACACUACAGUGAAGAAUUUGAAGGAGGAUUUGCGUCGUUAUCAGCCUCAUUAUCUUAUUUCUGUUCCAUUAGUAUAUGAGACGCUUUACAGUGCAAUACAGAAGCAGAUUAAUAUGAGUUCUGCUGUACGUAAGCUUAUCGCACUUCAAUUCCUAAAGAUCAGUGUAGCCUUCAUGGAAGCGAAAAGAAUAUACGAGGGAAAAUGUCUGGCUACAAAACCUGAGCAGCCUUCUCUCCUUUAUGCAAUCUUUGAUUGGCUGUGGGCAAGCAUCGUUGCUGCAUUAUUGUUUCCAAUUCAUAUGUUGGCAAAAAAGCUUGUCUAUAGUAAAAUACAUUCUUCUAUUGGCAUUUCAAAGGCUGGUGUAAGUGGAGGUGGCAGCUUGCCUUCUCAUGUUGACAAGUUCUUUGAGGCAAUUGACAUAAAGGUUCAAAAUGGAUAUGGUUUAACUGAAUCUUCUCCUGUUGUUGCUGCUCGAAGGCCACACUGUAAUGUUCUUGGUUCAAUUGGGCAUCCUAUUCAACAAACAGAAAUAAAAGUUGUCGAUCCUGAAACAAAUGCUGAUCUUCCACAUGGGUCAAAAGGCAUUGUCAAAGUAAGGGGACCACAAGUGAUGAAGGGUUAUUACAAGAAUCCCUCAGCAACAAGUCAAGCUAUAGAUGAUGAAGGGUGGCUAAACACUGGUGAUAUUGGUUGGAUUUCUCCUCCUCAUUCUAGAGGACGAAGUCGUCAAGCUGGAGGUGUAAUUGUUCUAGAGGGACGGGCAAAAGAUACAAUAGUUCUUUUGACAGGUGAAAACGUUGAGCCUUCUGAGAUUGAAGAAGCUGCCAUGAGAAGUAGCCUUAUACAACAAAUAGUGGUCAUUGGGCAGGAUCAGCGAAGGCUUGGAGCAUUAAUUGUACCAAACAAAGAAGAGAUACUCCUAGAAGCUAAAAGGUUGUCCAUGGUGGAAAAUUCUGCAACUGAACUCAGCAAGCAGCAACAGACCAACCUGUUGCACAACGAAUUGCAAAAAUGGACCUCAGACUGUUCGUUCCAAGUCGGGCCCAUACUCAUUCUUGAUGAGCCUUUCACAAUAGACAGCGGUUUAAUGACUCCAACGAUGAAAAUACGCCGGGACCAAGUCGUAUCUUUAUACAAAGAGCAAAUUGAUAGCUUAUACAAGUGAGUUUGCUGAUGUAGCCUCUUUGUGUGUUCUGUUAUCUUCAUACUAUAUAUGCUUUUGCUUGAGGAUGACUCUUUCGAAAGAAGAAUUCCAAAUAUGUAAUCAUCUAUAUAUAUAUAUAAUAAAAAUAAAAAUUGUUGAAUAAGGCAACACUGUUUUAAUCAUGGACAGUGUUGAUCUUGUAUGUAUUCAAUCAUAUAUGAUAUUUUUAGUCAGGACUACUUUACCUUUUGCUUA